GCUUUCCCCCGUGAGGAUUUGAGGAUCAGGGUGUGGAGCUGUGCCAUGCCCUGACCCCGUCCUGCUGCUCUCCCCCCAGAGCCUGCCCUGCCCAGAGGUGCAACAUCUGCAAAGAAGCAGCUGCAGGAUGAAAAGAUGGCAGCGCGGCUGCUGGCACCACCGGGCCCCGAGAGUUUUAAACCCUUCACUCCGGAGUCGCUGGCCAACAUCGAGAAGCACAUCGCGGAGAUGAAGAAGAAGCAGCGCUCCAAGCAGGACAGCAGCCACCGCGAUGACGACGAGGACAGCAAACCAAAACCAAACAGUGACCUUGAGGCGGGCAAGAACUUGCCUUUCAUCUACGGGGACAUCCCUAAAGGGCUGGUUGCUGUGCCACUGGAGGACUUUGACCCUUAUUACAUGACCCAGAAAACCUUUGUAGUACUAAACAGAGGGAAAACACUCUUCCGAUUUAGUGCCACACCUGCCUUGUACAUUUUAAGUCCUUUUAAUCUCUUUAGAAGAAUAGCUAUUAAAAUUUUGAUACAUUCAUAUCCUUUUUAUUACCGAGUUACCUUUGUGGAAUCCCUGGAAAUCUCUUUACCUUUGUCUUUUGUUCAGUUCACAAAUCAAAAUGCCAGUCCUGCAUGUGGGUUGGUGUCAGAAAAGACACAAAAUCCAGGUUUUUAUUGGAUGAAAAACACAACAAUUUCCUACAAAGAAACAAUUGAUACAAAGGGAGGUGACGCCAACAGCGCCAUUAACUCUGGUUUAAUUCUGCAGGUAUAUAACAGAGUUUGUAAACCUAGGCAAUGUUUCAGCUCUGCGCACUUUCAGGGUUCUGAGAGCUUUGAAAACUAUUUCUGUAAUUCCAGAUAUGUCACAGAGUUUGUGGACCUUGGGAAUGUCUCAGCAUUGAGAACUUUCAGAGUUCUCCGAGCUUUGAAAACUAUCUCUGUAAUUCCAGGCUUGAAGACCAUCGUGGGUGCCCUGAUCCAGUCUGUGAAGAAGCUGUCGGACGUGAUGAUCCUGACAGUUUUCUGUCUCAGUGUCUUCGCCCUCAUCGGGCUCCAGCUCUUCAUGGGCAAUUUAAGGAACAAAUGUGUGAUUUGGCCAAUUAAUGUCAACGAGACCUUUCUGGAUAACGGCUCCAGGGGCUUUGACUGGGAGGAAUACACCAACAAUAUGUCAAAUUUUUACAUCAUUCCUGGCGCCCCUGACCCUUUGCUCUGUGGUAACAGCUCAGAUGCAGGGCAAUGCCCCGAGGGCUACACGUGCAUGAAGGCGGGACGGAACCCCAACUACGGCUACACCAGCUUCGACACCUUCAGCUGGGCUUUCCUGGCUUUAUUUCGCCUUAUGACUCAGGACUUCUGGGAAAACUUGUAUCAAUUAACUUUACGAGCGGCAGGAAAAACCUACAUGAUCUUCUUUGUGCUGGUGAUCUUCGUGGGGUCCUUCUACCUGGUGAAUCUGAUCCUGGCCGUGGUGGCCAUGGCCUACGAGGAGCAGAACCAGGCCACCCUGGAGGAGGCAGAGCAGAAGGAGGCAGAAUUCAAGGCCAUGCUGGAGCAGUUGAAAAAGCAACAGGAAGAAGCACAGUCUCCCCAGUCUCUCCUCAGCAUCCCGGGCUCCCCUUUCCUCUCCCGCCACAACAGCAAGAGCAGCAUCUUCAGCUACAAGGGCCGCUUCCGCGACCCGGUGUCGGAGAACGAGUUUGCGGACGACGAGCACAGCACGGUGGAGGAGAGCGAGGGCAGGAGGGACUCGCUCUUCAUCCCCAUCCGCGGCCGCGACCGGCGCAGCAGCUACAGCGGCUACAGCGGCUACAGCCAGGGCAGCCGCUCCUCGCGCAUCUUCCCCACGCUGCGCCGCAGCGUCAAGAGGAACAGCACCGUGGACUGCAACGGCGUCGUCUCGCUCAUCGGCAGGCCGCCCUCCAGCAUGCCCGGGGGUCGCAUCCUGCCCGAGGGCACCACCGAAAUCGAAAUCAGGAAGAAGCCUGGCGGGUCUCUCCUGGUCUCCAUGGACCAGGUGAACGCGUCCUACGGAAGGAAGGAUCGGACCAACAGCGUCAUGACCGGGCUGACCAACACCCUCGUUGAGGAGCUGGAGGAGUCCCAGAGGAAGUGUCCCCCUUGCUGGUACAAAUUCGCCAACACCUUCCUGAUCUGGGAGUGCCACCCCUACUGGAUGAAGCUGAAGGAGAUUGUGAAUUUAAUUGUGAUGGAUCCGUUCGUUGACCUGGCCAUCACCAUCUGCAUCGUGCUGAACACGUUGUUCAUGGCCAUGGAGCACCACCCCAUGACCCCCGAGUUCGAGCACGUGCUCUCCGUGGGAAACCUGGUUUUCACUGGGAUUUUCACAGCAGAAAUGUUCCUCAAGCUCAUUGCGAUGGAUCCAUACUAUUAUUUUCAAGAAGGCUGGAACAUCUUUGAUGGGUUUAUUGUCUCCCUCAGUUUGAUGGAGCUGAGUCUGGCGGAUGUGGAAGGGCUCUCCGUGCUGCGAUCUUUCCGAUUGCUGAGAGUCUUCAAACUGGCCAAAUCCUGGCCCACUCUGAACAUGCUGAUAAAAAUCAUUGGUAACUCAGUGGGUGCCUUGGGGAAUUUGACCUUGGUGCUGGCCAUCAUCGUCUUCAUCUUCGCCGUGGUGGGGAUGCAGCUCUUUGGCAAAAGCUACAAGGAGUGUGUCUGCAAGAUCAAUCCGGAGUGUGAGCUACCCCGCUGGCACAUGCACGAUUUCUUCCACUCCUUCCUUAUUGUCUUCCGUGUGUUGUGUGGGGAGUGGAUUGAGACCAUGUGGGAUUGUAUGGAAGUGGCAGGCCAGGCCAUGUGCUUGAUUGUCUUCAUGAUGGUCAUGGUCAUCGGAAAUUUAGUGGUGCUGAACCUGUUCUUGGCCUUGCUGCUGAGCUCCUUCAGCGCCGACAACCUGGCGGCCACGGACGACGACGGGGAGAUGAACAACCUGCAGAUCUCGGUGAUCCGCAUCAAGAAGGGCAUCGCCUGGACCAAGGCCAAGGUGCGCGAGUUCAUGCAGGCUCACUUCAAGCAGCGGGAGGCGGACGAGGUGAAACCCCUGGACGAGCUGUACGACAAGAAGGUGAACUGCAUCGCCAACCACACCGGCGCCGACAUCAACCGCGACAUCGACUUCCAGAAGAACGGCAACGGCACCACCAGCGGCAUCGGGAGCAGCGUGGAGAAAUACAUCAUCGACGAGGACCACAUGUCCUUCAUCAACAACCCCAACCUGACCGUGCGCGUGCCCAUCGCCGUGGGCGAGUCCGACUUCGAGAACCUCAACACGGAGGAUUUCAGCAGCGACACGGAUCCCGACGGCAGCAAGGAGGUGAGCUGGACGUCCCGCGGGGCCUUCGGCGCGCUGCGAGACACGGGACAGGUCUUGGUCUCUUUAGUCAGCCUUAUAGCUAAUGCCCUGGGCUACUCGGAACUAGGUGCCAUAAAAUCCCUUAGGACACUAAGAGCCUUGAGGCCUUUAAGAGCGUUAUCCCGAUUUGAGGGGAUGAGGGUGGUUGUCAACGCCUUGGUUGGCGCUAUCCCUUCCAUUAUGAAUGUCUUGUUGGUCUGCCUUAUCUUCUGGCUGAUUUUCAGCAUUAUGGGGGUUAACCUGUUUGCCGGGAAAUAUCAUUACUGCUUUAAUGAAACAGCUGAGCAUCGCUUUGAGAUAGAUGUUGUUAACAACAAGACAGACUGCGAAGCUCUGAUGCCUCCCAACUCCACCGAGAUCCGCUGGAAGAAUGUGAAAAUUAACUUUGACAAUGUUGGGGCAGGAUAUCUGGCUCUGCUGCAGGUGGCUACAUUCAAGGGCUGGAUGGACAUCAUGUACGCAGCUGUUGAUUCCAGAAAGCAAGAAGAACAGCCCAAGUACGAGGACAACAUUUACAUGUACAUUUACUUCGUCAUCUUCAUCAUCUUCGGUUCCUUUUUCACCCUCAAUUUGUUCAUCGGCGUCAUCAUCGACAACUUCAAUCAACAGAAGAAAAAGUUUGGAGGUCAAGACAUUUUCAUGACAGAAGAACAAAAGAAAUACUACAAUGCCAUGAAAAAACUGGGCUCCAAAAAGCCUCAAAAACCCAUUCCCCGACCUCUGAACCGCGUCCAGGGCGCCGUCUUCGACUUCGUCACGCAGCAAGCCUUCGACAUCGUCAUCAUGAUGCUCAUCUGCCUCAACAUGGUGACCAUGAUGGUGGAGACGGACACGCAGAGCAAGCAGAUGGAGGACAUCCUCUACUGGAUCAACUUCGUCUUCGUCAUCUUCUUCACCUGCGAGUGCGUGCUGAAGAUGUUCGCCCUGCGCCACUACUACUUCACCAUCGGCUGGAACAUCUUCGACUUCGUGGUGGUCAUUCUGUCCAUCGUGGGGAUGUUCCUGGCCGAGAUCAUCGAGAAGUACUUCGUGUCCCCCACCCUGUUCCGAGUCAUCCGCCUGGCUCGCAUCGGCCGCAUCCUGCGCCUGAUCAAGGGAGCCAAGGGGAUCCGCACGCUGCUUUUUGCCUUAAUGAUGUCCCUGCCCGCCCUGUUCAACAUCGGCCUCCUGCUCUUCCUGGUCAUGUUCAUCUUCUCCAUCUUCGGCAUGUCCAACUUCGCCUACGUCAAGCACGAGGCCGGCAUCGACGACAUGUUCAACUUCGAGACCUUCGGCAACAGCAUGAUCUGCUUGUUCCAGAUCACCACGUCGGCGGGCUGGGACGGGCUCCUGCUGCCCAUCCUCAACCGCCCGCCCGACUGCGACCUGGACAAGGAGCACCCGGGCAGCGGCUUCAAGGGGGACUGCGGGAACCCCUCGGUGGGGAUCUUCUUCUUCGUCAGCUACAUCAUCAUCUCCUUCCUCAUCGUGGUCAACAUGUACAUCGCCAUCAUCCUGGAGAACUUCAGCGUGGCCACGGAGGAGAGCGCCGACCCGCUGAGCGAGGACGACUUCGAGACCUUCUACGAGAUCUGGGAGAAGUUCGACCCCGACGCCACGCAGUUCAUCGAGUACAGCAAGCUGGCGGAUUUCGCCGACGCCCUGGAGCACCCGCUGCGCGUCCCCAAGCCCAACACCAUCGAACUCAUCGCCAUGGACCUGCCGAUGGUGAGCGGGGACAGGAUCCACUGCUUGGACAUCCUGUUUGCCUUCACCAAACGCGUGCUGGGGGACAGCGGGGAGCUGGACAUCCUGAGGCAGCAGAUGGAGGAGAGGUUCGUGGCUUCCAACCCUUCCAAAGUGUCUUAUGAGCCCAUCACCACCACGCUGCGGCGCAAGCAGGAGGAGGUGUCGGCCGUGGUGAUCCAGAGGGCCUACAGGGCUCGUUUGGCGCGACGAGGAUUCAUCAGCCGGAGACCCGCCGCCUCCAAACUGGAAAACGGGGGAGCAAACCGGGAGAAAAAGGAAGGAACCCCGUCCACGGCGUCGCUGCCCUCCUACGACAGCGUCACCAAACCCGAGAAGGAGAAACAGCAGCGGGCGGAGGAAGGGAGGAGAGAAAAGGCAAAGAGACAAAAAGACAGGGAACACAAGUGUUGAGACACACACAAAAAAAAAAUAAAAAAACCCACGUAAAUACACACAUACACACAGAGAGGAGGAGAAAAAAAAAAUAGAUUAAAAAAGAAAAAAAAAAAUUUUAAAAAAUAAUUUAAUUUAAAAAAAAAGAAAAUAGUAGAAUUGUAUGAAUUAAAGUAUUUGCAAGCGAAAAAAAAGAAAACGACAAAAAAAUUGUUUACAAACUUCUUGAAAUAUAUCAAUACAGAAGAGCUGUGGAGACACUUACCUGAAGAUCUUAUACCAAACAUAGUCUGCUUACUGUGUGACAGCGUUGCAUCUAAAAGCAGUGACCCACCACCUGUUUAAAGGACCCUGUAAACAAACAUUUAAACACAAAAAAAAAUAACAAAAAAAAAAAAGGAAAAAACACAAAAAAAAAAA